UGAAGCAUAAUAAGCAGAUAUAUUAUGGAGUGCUCUCACAGAUUCCCUAAAACAUCAAGAGAUGUUUCUCUCCAGGAACUUAGCAAGAGGCUUGCUGAGUUUGCUGAAGUGAGAGGGUGGGAUCACUAUCACAGUCCCAGAAAUCUCCUUCUAGCUCUUGUGGGAGAGGUGGGGGAGCUAUCAGAGAUAUUUCAGUGGAAAGGAGAAGUGGCGAAGGGAUUACCAAAUUGGACCAAUGAUGAUAAGGAGCAUUUGGAGGAAGAGCUUUCGGAUGUUUUGCUGUAUUUAGUGCGUCUUGCUGAUGUGUGUGGGCUUGAUCUUGGACAAGCUGCUCUCACGAAACUAGUGAAGAAUGCUAAGAAAUACCCUGUCUCUGCCUACACAGGCUCACCCUCUUCCACCUGAUGUUUACCACAAUUUCAUGUCUACUUUGCCGUCAGCUUAUAUCUCAUGAAUUUUGCAGCUGGUCUUACAUCAUUUUUGUUUUAUACCACAAGAUUGUUUAUCCUGGUUUUGUUUACUGCAUUUUCUCUCAGAGCUAAGUGAAUUUGAUGGGCUGAUUUUUUUUUU